CUCCUAUGUCACAAUAGCAACAAUGGUCAGUCAAUCAGGCUGGUUGGUUAGUGAAGUAAUGUUGGCAUGACCAAAUGUGCCCUUGCCUCCUUGAGGGCGGUAGCUGAGUGCAAAGCAAUUCGUGUGUCCUACAAAAGAAACUUCAAUUGCUUACGAGUUUCUCGAUUAUAAUCCUCUGUUGGCUGAGUGCAAUUUACUUUUGUUUGGCGUUGAAUUAUCCAAUGCAAAAUCACAGGCUUCCUAUGUGAUUUCCCUUCUCCCAGUAAUAUUGACCCGUUGACCUUGUGUAUUGCUCUCAUGUGAAUAUGGGCAUAAACCUUUGAGAAUAUGAGGUAAGUAUGUACAAAGCAAAUGUUUGACAUUUAAAAUGCUCCACAUAAUACGAUUUUGACACUAUAAUUUGCAAAUACAAAAGCCACAAAAAUUCAAAAGAAAUUGAAAGUUUGAGGUCCUACUCGAAAUUUACACGUACACGUACAUGCACAGAUGCAUCUGUAUUUACAUACAGACCUAUAAAUAUAUACUUUCGGCGGCCGCAAAUUAGCUACUGGCCAAGAAAUCGAAAUGAUCGACACAAUUGCGAAGCGGUAGCACUUAAAGUCCUAUAUCAAUUUGUAAGCAACAUAUAUGGUAUUACAAAGGAGUCAGCAACAAUGGAUUUGCGUAAACGCCAUUACAACAAUAAUAGCAUAGGUGUACAAAAAAUUUCUUUGGUUACAAUGAAAUAAUUAAACGUUUUGACCGCAAGCCAAUUUGGGCCAGUGUCUGCAACAACAAUUGCAUUAUCCAAGAACGAGAGCUGAAGAAGCGGUCAUUGAGGUGUUCGGCAAUUGCGGCGGAAAAGAGAAAAGGUCAAAAAGCGAGUACAGCAACGAAUCAAAAGUAGGCAUGCGUAGCAGAGAUGCGCGAUCAGGUGAGUGCAGGUAUGCAAGGAAAAUUUGAGUAUCAGCCAAUCGGAAUGUUGCUGUUUCACGCAUACUUACGCUUGCGGUAUCGUCAAGGCUGGCUUAUAUAAAUUACAGGCACAAGUGCUGAGCACCACACAGUUUUAAUCUGACACUGAAGUGGAGCACUAGUACACGAAAUUCAGGAAAAUGCUAGCUGGUGAAUAUUGUGACAGCGAUCUUUCGUUUUACUCCUCAAUGCGGCGAUUGCAAUCGAGUGAAUCGGUGGAAAGUGAUAACUACUCGAAAAUGCUAAGUGAUAAUUUAGAAGAGCUUACGGCUUUGUACAGUAUGGAAUUCAGCAGCAGUAGCAACAGUCCAUCAACGUCGUCGUUGUCGUUAGAAAGCCAACCGGAAAUUAAAGGCUUCCAAGCAGAUGAAAAUUUCGUGAAUAACUUUGAUUUUGGCUAUACAGUUGAAAGCACACGACAAGUCACCUGCAUUAGCGCAAAUCCUAAAAGGUGGUCUUCACUAUGUGAUCAACAAUUUUACACCAGCGAUUCCUGCAAAACUUCAACUGUCGAAAGGUCGAAAAAUAUUAAAGCUCAUUAUAGAUCGACGCAUAGAAUUGGUUCACUGAAGGCUGCGUCACCCUCUCAGCAUCAUUUCAAUAUUAACUGCAGCUUUUCCACCAGUUCUAGUGACUGUGGUCCACAGGAUGUUAUUAAAAAACGACGACUUGCCGCCAAUGCGCGUGAACGUCGACGCAUGAAUAGCUUGAACGAUGCUUUCGAUAAACUCCGAGACGUUGUACCAUCGCUGGGAAAUGAUCGUCGGCUCUCGAAAUACGAAACAUUGCAAAUGGCCCAAGCCUAUAUUGGUGAUUUGCUUAAGUUGCUGACGCGCGAUUAUUAAAGUUAGUUUAUUAAGAUAAAUUAUUUUAGCUGCUAUCGUUUUACUUAAAUUAUAUUUAAGAUUAGUUAGUAUGUUAUUUGUUUUUGUAUUGGAUAAUGUUCUUAAAGUGGACUUUCACAUAAAAUCUUCAUUAAAAUUAAUUUAUUGGAAGACAUUUUUGUUUAGAGGUUGCUUGAAAUAUUGGUUUUGUAUUGGAAUCCUUUUUACGUAGUAAUUAAAUAUAUUGUUUUGAGUAAGAAAAAUAUUCAGUGAGGAUAUUUAUAUCCUAAAAAAUAGCAAUGGUCUC